GCCCUUCCAACCAAAACACCAACAAAGAAAUAAAGAGCAAUCUUCCAUGGAAUUUCAACAUCAAAAGACAAGUUCAAGAGACAUUUUCUCCUUUCCAAGUACACCAAGUACACAAGAUCAAGAUUCCGAUUUCGAGUUCGGAUGUUUAACGACGCCGGACUCUAACUCUCCGUACAAAAACUCUCCAGCUGAUCAUCUUUUCUACAAUGGCCGUCUCUUACCUCAUCCAUUCCCACUUCAACACCAAAGGCUCUCUCAUCUCACCAAAGAUUCCCUCAUGUCAUCAAGAAGUAACAGUGUUAAUAGCAAUAGAAGUUGCAGCAGCGCAAGAACAAGCUCGUCAAGCGAAAAUUCGGACAGGAAAUUAUUUUAUCAUACACGAAAAACCGGAAGCUGUAGAUCAUUGUCGUCGUCAUCAUCAUCAUCUUCGUCGUCUUCCGCGACUUCUAUGGCUAGUAAAGUUGUGAUGGCACAACUUUACGGAUCUUCGCAAAGAUGGCAGCACAUCACACCGGUCUUGAAACGUGAGGAUUCGAAGCGGAAAAUUAAUAAUAAUUAUGUGAUGAAACAAGGGUUUGGUAGCAAGAAAGAAUUAGAAGGUGAUGAUCAAGAAAUGAAGAAAAAAGAAAAGUCAUCGGGGUUUUGCUUGAGAUUUCUUAAGUCAAUUUUGGUGGCAUGUAGAGAAUGUCAUUCAAUGGAACCACCAAUAAAUGAUGAAAUCUUGUAAGAAACUAUCAAAAUUUUGAUAAUUUUGGAUACUUAUUGCGUUUGGUUUAAAUGAAUUUCGUAAAAUUUUGUAAGAUUCAAUUAUAACUGGGUAUAGUUGUAUUUUUUUUACUUGUAAAUUUAGUUAGUAAUUAUAUUGUUUAAAUUUAUAAAAGUUAA